CAGCGCUCAUGCCCGCUGCUGCUGCUUCUGACUCUGGGAGGAUGGACGGUGUGUCGUUGCCGGGCAGUCUGGUGGCUGCGCCGGCCUCGCCGCGUCCAAACUGCAACACGGAUUCAGAGGAGGACACGAUGAAUGGAGGGCUGCACACCUUCAACCAGACGCACAUGAGGAAGGCUUUCCAGCUCAUGAACGAGCUGAGGAGUAAAAAGAUGCUGUGUGACGUCCAGCUGGUGGCAGGGAGUGUUGAGGUGCCAGCUCACAGGGUGGUCCUGGCCUCCUGUAGCCCCUACUUCUGUGCCAUGUUUACAGGUGACAUGAGUGAGAGCAAAGCCCAUCAGGUGGAGAUCAGAGAGGUGGACGGACAGACCCUGAGGAAGCUGGUGGACUACAUCUACACGGCUGAGAUAGAAGUCACAGAGGACAACGUCCAGGUUCUGCUGCCGGCAGCCAGCCUCCUGCAGCUGAUGGACGUGCGUCAGGUGUGUUGUGAGUUCCUGCAGUCUCAGCUCCACCCCACCAACUGUCUGGGCAUCAGAGCCUUCGCUGACCUGCACACAUGCACGCAGCUCCUCGACCAGGCCCACGCAUAUGCCGAGCAGCACUUCUCUGAGGUGGUGCAGGGAGAGGAGUUCCUGGGCCUCUCUCUGCAGCAGGUGUGCAGCCUCAUCUCCUGCGACAAACUCACCGUGUCCACUGAGGAGAAGGUCAGCAGCAGCACCACAGACUUCCUUUUGACAGACCAGCAGCAGACGGACAUGUCGUCCCCUACACUAGCUGCUAAGGUGAGCUCAUCAGAUGAGUUCCUGAGGACGACAUGUGUGGUGUCCAUGGGGGGCCGAGUGUUUGCAGUGGGGGGGUUCAACAGCUCUCUGCGGGAGCGCACGGUGGACGCGUACGACGCAGCGAGGGACCAGUGGAGCACCGUGGCCAGCAUGCAGGAGAGACGCAGCACGCUGGGGGCCGCCGUGCUGGGAGACCUGCUGUACGCUGUGGGGGGGUUCAACGGCAGCAUAGGUUUGUCGACAGUAGAAGUCCUCAACUACAAAACCAACGAGUGGAUGUACGUCGCCUCCAUGAACACCAGGCGCAGCAGUGUGGGUGUAGGAGUGGUCGACGGUAAGUUGUAUGCAGUGGGAGGUUAUGAUGGAGCAUCCCGUCAGUGUCUCAGCACGGUGGAGGAGUAUGACCCUGUCGCUGAUCAGUGGUGCUACGUGGCUGACAUGAGCACACGGCGCAGUGGAGCAGGGGUGGGGGUGCUGAGCGGUCAGCUGUAUGCAGCCGGGGGGCACGACGGCCCCCUGGUGAGGAAGAGCGUGGAGGUGUACGACCCCACGACCAACAGCUGGAGACUCGUCUGCGACAUGAACAUGUGCCGACGAAACGCAGGUGUGUGUGCCAUUAACGGGCUGCUGUACGUGAUUGGAGGAGACGACGGCUCCUGUAACCUCUCCUCCGUCGAGUAUUACAACCCGGCCAUAGACAAGUGGAGCCUCAUCCCCACGAACAUGAGCAACGGACGCAGCUACGCAGGAGUCGCAGUGGUUGACAAGCCUUUAUGACAGGGCUCCUCCCACAGAGACCCCCACUGAAGCUCAGCAGGAAGGAAUGGACAGGGCGCCGCUAGUUGCCUGAAUCAUGGAUGCAUCUUGAGGAGUUUUUCUGGCGCUUUAACACAUCCUGACUUUGUUGCUAUGUCCGUUUCCAUCCUGACUUUUAAAGAACACAGUUGCACUAGAUAAGAGACAGUUUCCACAGACAAACGUUGUCUUGGCGAGUUUUUUAAAACGCCGAGCACAUACCAAGCGGCUGCAUCAGCUCUGACUUUAACGGCCAACCUGUGUGCUUUAGAUGUUUAGUGUUGUUCAUGGGAUGCAUCAGAUCCAGCACUCGAACACCAGCUGACUUCAGACCACCUUCAGUGUCAACAGUGUGGCUGCGAUCAUCAGGAGACGAAGCGUUAUCCAAAAUCCUGGAAGCCUGGGCUCGCCGCUGGAGACUUUUUUUUUUUUUAAUUAUGAGACAGCCACAUUUGAAAAAUUAACCUAAAGAGCUACAGAACAAUGUAAAGAAUGUAGAAAACAUCUUAUAUGCAAAUCAGCGUUCAUAUUUAAUAUGUUUGAGAUUGUUUUUAAGGAGGUUGAGAACCACUCGCUGAGGCCCGGUGAUCUGAUUGGACGGGAGGACUUUUUUUUUUCUUUUUUUCGACGCACUACUGAUGCACUGAUCAAUGCAAUGACUGACCUGCUGUCCUCCAAACUCAUGGGGGAAUUUAAACUCACCGCUUAAAGGCCAAUCAUUUCAUCAGAAAUUGUAAAAAAAAAAGUGCCAGUUUUGCUGAUCCGAAUCCUGCUGGAGGUUUCUUGCCUAAAGGAGUGUCAAAAUGCACUGAAGAAACAACUGUACAAUUCUACUUAAGAUUUUCUAUUUAUUGUUUCAGGACAUUUGAUCACAUAGCAUUUAUUGCUUCAAAGGGAGGGUCUCAUUUCCUCCGCCUCAUGUAACACUUGUGCUCCGCUCACACUCAUGCAGAUGAUGGUGGGUGCAUUUCGAUGACUCACUGGUGCCAUAGCUUUCGAAGAAAAAUACAUUUAGAGAAGCUCCUUUUAUGAGAGUUUUCAUUUCUGCCUGCAAUCUUCCAUAAAUCAUGGGGCGAUCGGCGGCCCUCAUCUCAACGCCCUCUGGCAAAAAAUGUACAAAAUACUGCACCGACCAUGCGUUUGUUUUUGUAUGAUUAGCUAAAUAAUGUCAACUACAUAACUCCCACAUCUUAUAUUAAGUUUAAUGUAUUUUUGUCAUAGUUGCAGGAAGUUUACCACAGAUGAUUACAGUGUAAAACUACUAGAAACACUCUUCACAUAUGGACCUAUGGAGCUCACUGUUAUAAUCAGUGCAACAGCAACAUUAUGACAUACUUUGUGAUGUUUAACUAAGGAAAUUUCUAACCACCAUCACGAUACAUUGCUGACAUCUAGGACUGUGCAGUAAUGCAGAGGAAACCCUGGAUUGUGUGGUGCGUUCAAGUGUCUGCAGAAGAGUCAGAGAUCACAGUUAAAAAGACUGAACAACAGGAAAUAUUGAAGUUAUAUUAGCCCCUUCUUUUUCAAUUCAAUUUAAACAUCUUGUGCCAUGUUUGAAAGAACCCUGA